CAUCACAAGGUCUUAGCACCUCAGAAUCAUAAUAUCACAAGCCUUUACCACCCUAGGGCCUUAGCACCUCAGGGUCAUAAUAUCACAAGGCCUUACCACCCUAGGGUCAUAAUACCACAAUCCGGUCAUCAUAUCACUAGCCCUUACCACUCUAGGAUAAUAACACCACACGCCCUUACCACACUAGGGUCAUAA